AUGCUGGACAUGGGAGAUAGGAAAGAGGUGAAAAUGAUCCCCAAGUCCUCCUUCAGCAUCAACAGCCUGGUGCCCGAGGCCGUGCAGAACGACAACCACCACGCCGCCAGCCACGGCCACCACAACAGCCACCACCCGCAGCACCACCACCACCAUCACCACCACCACCACCACCACCCGCCGCCGCCCGCCCCGCAGCCGCCGCCGCCGCAGCCGCAGCCCCCGCCGCCCCCGCCGCCGCCCCAGGCCGCGCAGGGCCCCCCGGCGCGGGCCGCCUCCGCAGACGACGACAAGGGCCCGCAGCAGCCGCCGCCGCUGCUGCUGCCGCCGCCGCCGCCGCCGCCGCCGCCGCCCUCCGGGGGCGCGCUGGACGCGGCCAAGGCGGACGCGCUGGGCGCCAAGGGCGAGCCGGGCGCGGGGCCCGCCGAGCUGGCGGCGGCGGCGGCCGUCGGGCCGGACGAGAAGGAGAAGGGCGCCGGCGCGGGGGAGGAGAAGAAGGGGGCGGGCGAGGGCGGCAAGGACGGGGAGGGGGGCAAGGAGGGCGACAAGAAGAACGGCAAGUACGAGAAGCCGCCCUUCAGCUACAACGCGCUCAUCAUGAUGGCCAUCCGGCAGAGCCCCGAGAAGCGCCUGACGCUCAACGGCAUCUACGAGUUCAUCAUGAAGAACUUCCCCUACUACCGCGAGAACAAGCAGGGCUGGCAGAACUCCAUCCGCCACAACCUGUCGCUCAACAAGUGCUUCGUCAAGGUGCCGCGCCACUACGACGACCCGGGCAAGGGCAACUACUGGAUGCUCGACCCGUCGAGCGACGACGUGUUCAUCGGCGGCACGACGGGCAAGCUGCGCCGCCGCUCCACCACGUCGCGGGCCAAGCUGGCCUUCAAGCGCGGCGCGCGCCUCACCUCCACCGGCCUCACCUUCAUGGACCGCGCCGGCUCGCUCUACUGGCCCAUGUCGCCCUUCCUGUCGCUGCACCACCCGCGCGCCAGCAGCACGCUCAGCUACAACGGCACCGCGUCGGCCUACCCGAGCCACCCGAUGCCCUACAGCUCGGUGCUCACGCAGAACUCGCUGGGCAACAACCACUCCUUCUCCACGGCCAACGGGCUCAGCGUGGACCGCCUGGUCAACGGCGAGAUCCCCUACGCCACGCACCACCUCACGGCCGCCGCGCUGGCCGCCUCGGUGCCCUGCGGCCUGUCGGUGCCCUGCUCCGGGACCUACUCCCUCAACCCCUGCUCCGUCAACCUGCUGGCGGGCCAGACCAGUUACUUUUUCCCCCACGUCCCGCACCCGUCCAUGACCUCGCAGAGCAGCACGUCCAUGAGCGCCCGCGCCGCCUCCUCGUCCACCUCGCCCCAGGCGCCCUCCACCCUGCCCUGCGAGUCCUUAAGACCCUCUUUGCCCAGCUUCACGACGGGACUGUCCGGGGGACUGUCCGAUUAUUUCACACAUCAGAAUCAGGGGUCUUCUUCCAACCCUUUAAUACAUUAA